CAAAUUGCAAGUAAAAGAAGGUGAAAUCUAUGACAUAGGUCAAUUAAAUCAACCCCACAUGGUUUUUCUCUCUUCUUCAUCUUCACCUCCAAGAUUUGAGAGAGGUCUACGAAGCCAUGCCCACCACCGUUGGAUCCAUCGUCUUUACCUUCUUCCUCAUCUUUUUUCUCUUUUCUGGGCAAUCUUUUGCCUCUGAGUCAGAUCACAAGUACGAGCCAGAUGAGUCUGUAGUCCUUUGGGUGAACAAGGUUGGUCCAUACAACAAUCCCCAAGAAACCUACAACUACUUCAGCCUUCCAUUUUGCCCUCCUCAGGGCAAGGUUGCCCACCGGUGGGGAGGCCUUGGUGAGGUUCUUGGUGGGAAUGAACUUGUUGACAGCGGCAUUGAAAUUAAAUUUAAAAAAAAUCUUGAUAGGGUAUCUAUUUGUGAACUUGAACUUGACCAGUCAAAAGCUACUCAAUUCAGAGAUGCAAUCGAGAAUUCAUACUGGUUUGAGUUGUUCAUUGAUGGUUUACCUCUAUGGGGUUUUGUGGGAGAGCUUCGUCCUGAAAAAAACAGCGAAAAUGUUAAGCCCAUGUUAUACACACAUAGAAACUUCAUCAUCAAAUACAAUGGAAAUCAAAUCAUCCAUGUUAAUCUCACCCAAGAUGGUGCUAAGACACUAGUAGACGGAAAGGUGUAUGACAUGACAUAUUCUGUGAAAUGGAUGCCUACAGACGUUACCUUUGGAAGGCGAUUUGAUGUAUACUUGGAUUACCCCUUUUUUGAGCAUCAGAUCCAUUGGUUCUCCAUUUUCAAUUCCUUCAUGAUGGUCAUCUUCCUGACUGGUUUAGUUUCAAUGAUAUUGAUGAGGACUCUUAGAAAUGAUUAUGCCAAGUAUGCUAGGGAAGACGAUGACUUGGAAAGCCUGGAAAGGGAUGUAAACGAAGAGUCUGGUUGGAAACUUGUUCAUGGAGAUGUUUUCCGACCUCCUCGUUAUUUAGCUCUGCUUUCAGCUGUUAUUGGUACUGGAGCUCAACUGGCAACUCUUAUUCUCCUUGUCAUCAUUCUGGCCAUUGUCGGAAUGCUGUAUAUAGGGAGGGGAGCUAUUGUCACGACUUUCAUUGUAUGUUAUGCCUUCACAUCAUUCAUAUCAGGAUAUGUCAGUGGUGGCAUGUAUUCUCGUAAUGGUGGUAAAAAUUGGAUAAAGGCUAUGAUUCUAACUGCUUCCCUUUUCCCAUUUAUGUGCUUUGGGAUUGGAUUCAUUCUGAACACUAUCGCUAUAUUCUACGGAUCUCUAGCUGCUAUUCCCUUUGGGACUAUGGUAGUAGUAUUUGUCAUUUGGGCUUUUAUCUCCUUCCCACUCGCACUUCUUGGGACAGUCGUUGGAAGAAACUGGAGUGGUGCACCUAAUAAUCCAUGCCGAGUGAAGACUAUUCCAAGACCUAUUCCAGAAAAGAAGUGGUAUCUAACACCAUCCGUCAUAUCUCUGAUGGGCGGAUUGCUUCCUUUUGGAAGUAUUUUCAUUGAGAUGUAUUUUGUCUUCACGUCCUUUUGGAAUUACAAGGUGUACUAUGUUUACGGCUUCAUGCUACUCGUCUUUCUAAUUCUGAUCAUUGUCACCGUGUGUGUGACAAUUGUGGGAACAUAUUUCUUGCUGAACGCUGAGAACUACCACUGGCAAUGGACCUCAUUCUUUUCCGCUGCAUCCACUGCCAUUUACGUCUAUUUUUACUCUAUCUAUUACUAUCAUGUCAAGACCAAGAUGUCAGGCUUCUUCCAGACCAGCUUUUACUUCGGCUACACUAUGAUGUUCUGUCUUGGCCUGGGAAUCCUUUGUGGAGCGGUUGGCUACCUGGGUUCCAGUCUUUUCGUAUGGAGGAUAUACAGGAACAUCAAAUGCGAUUAGCGAGUUGAUCAUCCAGUGUAAGGUUAUCUUUUUUGCUGAUCGAAUCAAUCGCCUGGUGAUUGGAUCCUAUUUCCAAUGAUCAGUUAUUGGUAAGAUUCUGUAUGCAAGAAAAUGUUAGAUGAUGAGAUGAUUGAAUUGAAAUAGUUGAUAGAGACAGUAGAAUGGUUAUGGGAAUGUGCACCAUUUUGUUUGGUUCCCUGGAUAUCCAAGUUUUCACUGUAAUUUUAGUCCCCUUACAUUGUAAUGAGAUGCUAUGGCUGGCUCUAAAAUUUUUACUGUUAUUUGUUCCCCUGCAAUCUUGGGAGUAACCAAA